GGACGUUUGUCACAAGCUAGCGACUAUUGCCAUUUCGACAAGGAUAGGAGACCCCGACAAGGAUAGGAGACCCCAGGAGACUGCGUGCUUGUUGUUUAUCAACGUUUUUUAUCCCAAUUAAACCGUCACUAUGGCUAUGCAAGCAGCGAAACGCGCCAAUAUCCGAUUACCGCCUGAGGUGAACAGAAUCCUGUACAUCAGAAAUCUUCCUUAUAAGAUUACAGCUGAGGAGAUGUAUGAUAUCUUUGGGAAAUAUGGACCAAUACGACAAAUCCGAACAGGGAAUACACCUGAAACAAGAGGAACAGCUUAUGUUGUGUAUGAAGACAUCUUCGAUGCCAAGAAUGCCUGUGACCACCUGUCAGGCUUCAAUGUCUGCAACCGUUACCUCGUGGUUCUCUACUACAAUGCAAACAGAGCAUUCCAGAAAAUGGACACAAAGAAGAAAGAGGAGCAACUGAAGCUUUUAAAAGAGAAAUAUGGGAUCAACACAGACCCUCCAAAGUAGUGUCUCUGCGGCUCUCAACUUUUAUUUUCAUUCUUUGUAUAAAAAAAACCUGUUGAUUUGUUUAUGCUUAUGAUGAGUUAUUGAUACCAUUGUUGAAAAUAUCAUUUUACACAUUUUUUAUUUUGUGAGUCAGCCUGGACUCCCAAUCUUUGAAUUGAAGCUGGAGAGAGGGAGAGUGAUGUUCUAUGUGGUCAAACCUUUCAAAGACUUUUCAGGUGUAAACUGUUUUGUUUUGACCCAUCCUAUUCAGCUGUAAACUGGACUGAACAUAACCCCCUCAUGGAAAUUAAAACCCUCCUGUAAAAUAAAUGCUCCUAUUUCUAAAA